AUGUCGGGAGAAGUAUUCACUGGCGGGGCAACAACGUCUCAGCAUGUCGAUGCUCAAGACGAUGAUCACUUUGAAAAUACCACAUUCAAGUUGAAGAGAACACGAUCAUUGGGCUUGUUGGACGAGUUUAUACCCGACAAGGCCAAAGAGCAAGCUCUUGAAGAAGGCAAAGUUUGUAAGCAUCCAAACAGUGAGCAAUCACCGUCCUUGUCAAGCAACAGAGACGACGACGAGUCGAAGUUUAGCGACAAUAGCCGACCUUUGAACAGCAUUGACACAGAUACCAACAACAGCUACUACAACUCAUUGGCAACGUCGGGUAGUAACCAAUCGACGUCGGUUUCGUCCUCGCCAUCGCCGGUGGCCUCGCCAACCAACCCCCCAGCAGUGCAGUCGCCAGAGUUGAUCCCUUAUGACGACACCGAUCUUGCAGUUGAGCCUUCCAGACACGUUGACUACUUAUCCCACCAAUGGAACGUCAGCGACAUUUCGAAAUCGUGGAGGUAUGUGAUAUCGAAGAAGAGAGAUGUCGCAAAUGCCGCUAGACUUGAAAAUGCGUCGUGGAGAACUUGGGCCCAGAGAAGAUCGAAUUUGAAAACCAUUAGUCCCGAAGUCGUCAACUGGUCAAAGGAAAGCGACGUUACCUGGCUCUACGGUCCAAUCUUGAAUAACAAUAGCAACAAUAACAGAAAUACCAAUAAUAACAACAAUGGUGGUAGUAAUAAUAAUAAUAAUCAAUCACCAGGGCUGGAAAAGAAUGCCACUUCCAACGAUGAAAAUAAAGAUAUUCACUCGAUUCAUGAAGAACCACUUACUACAGUCCCCGUUGCAGGCGACCUUUCCGUUGCCAAAAAGGCCAAUAAUUCAAAUGCUCCAAAACCAAUUUUGAAAAGAAGAACCGUGGAAGAGUCGAUAAUAAGCCACUCAAAUUUGUUGAAGUUGAAAUUGGCCACGUCUCUACAUCAAAAGAAACAAGAUCAAAAGGCAAAGCACCAUGCAGAGUCAAGUCACCACACAAACGAUUCCAACCCGGAUGAGUUUUUCGACUACAAUGCAUUACUGAAUAAAUUAAACUCGCAAUAUAGCAACAAAAACCCCACUGAUAAUGCGCAAGUGGCGAGGUUUCAAAAUUUGUUGAACAACUCCAACUCCUCCUCGUUAUCGACAAUAAAACAGGAUGAAGAUCUAAUGGACGCUGAUCUGGGCAAUUACGCGGAAGACGUCGCACCUUCUCAUUUCCAAGCUGGGCCCAAGAGCAGAGAUGAAGUUGCCUCGAAAAAGGAUAGACAUAUCCAUUUCAACGAUGAAGUCAAGCAAUGCAUUGCUUAUGAUGCAAGCUCCGACGACGAGUAUGAAGAUUAUAGCGACUCUGGAAACGAGGAUGACACCGAAGUUUACGACGAUUACAAUGAUCAAGUCAAUGACAAUCUCAUUAGAAGCCACUUUUACCAGCGCGAUGGAGACGAAGGAGACGGCAAUAAAGAUGGCAAAAAUGACGAUAAUGACAACAACGACGUUAACGACGACGACGAUGACGAUGAUGAAGACGACGACGACGACGACGACGAUGAUGAUGAUGGUGGGUUCUUCCUUCAAGUCAAGUCGAGCUCAGGUGCGCCUUUGAAAUUCAGCAAUAGCAACACCAGCCGUUCAGCCAGUAUCAAGAGUGCCGAUACUGCUUCAGAAACAGAAACAGAUUCAAGAUUGAGCGGCAGGCCCAGGAGCUAUAAAACCAUCCACCUUUUGCCCUCGACCAUCUUGAAUUACGGUUCAGACGACGAGACUAGCGAUGAAGACUACCCAUACACGUCGAGUGUGUCGCACAAUGUCAACAAUGACGUGAGUCGCGGUUACGACUACUACUACGACUACAAUACCGUGUACACUUGCGACCCCACUCAUCCAACGUUGCAGAGUUAUCAGAAUACCGAUGUCAUUGACGUUCCGGAAAACCUUGAAAUUGGCUCCAACAUCAACUACGAGCUAGUCGACGACAAGGACCUUCCACCUGCGCACGAGUUGGCUGCUAAUUCAUCUAUCGAAAGUGGUACCCCUAAACAGUCGCCGGUAUUGUACAAUCUGCCUUCACCAACCUACAAUGCAGCGGACGCGCAUCAUAAGCAACUGCCUUUCCAACUAAGCGACUCUGAAGGUGACUCGGAUGACGAUGCCGACUGUCUCAGUAUUGGAACAAGAAGAUCAAGUCAGGGUAUUAUUGAGCUGGUAUUGCACCAGGGUCAUUUAUCCGAGCUAAGGGAGAGUGCCCAAAAAAAUGCAAAUGCCAAUGAAGGUGCUACAAAAUCCACCUCGUCCGAGGCACAAUCACAACCACAAGAACAAGAACAAAAACAACCUCAGUCGCAGCCUCAGUCACAAUCACAAUCACAAUCACAUUAUCGGCAAUUGCAACCGCAGCCGGAACCGCAACCAGUUAACGAACCUGUAUCGUCGAUCAACCCUCGCCACACCUCCAAUAGCCUUUCCAAACAAUCUCGCAGCUCGAAUUCAUUAUCCCAGCUGUUUCUUGGUGGUGGCAGCUUAGAGUCAACGGCACAAGACAAGGCAUUGAGCAAGCUGUUCUUCGGGGCACCUUCAACUUCCUCGUCCACCACCAAUGAGCUGGAACUGAAAAGCGAACCAAAACCAGAAAAGCCCACGUUGGCUCGAACAUUGUCCAACACGAAACCUAAAUCCUCGUUAUCGGAAGCCAUCGCCACCUCGGAAAACGCAUUUGGCGUUUCGCCGCAAUCGUCUCUGGCCUCUUCGCCAGUGUCCAAAUCUCACGAUAUAAAGCAGAGUGCGCAGCCACCUAGAAAAGGCGCGUUUCUUCUCGACAACGGCUCUGAGUCCGAAUCGGAGUCGGAAGAUGAAGGGAUGGUGAUUGGGGCAAGACCCGGCAGCAGAGGACAGAGUUAUACCACCUUGAGCCAUUUGGCCGACAAGAACGGAAUACGGAACGUUAACGGCGGCGGAGUGCAGCCCGCGCCGAAUGAACAAGAGGGCGACGAAGAAAAGAAUAGAAACAUCAUUGGUAGGACAAAGGGACUUGCGAAGCAUUUUUUUGGCUGA